ACGGAGAAGCUGAGGUCAACAUCUAAUUUGAAAUAUUAAAAGUGGAUACAAAACUAUUUCCGCAAUGCAGACAAUUAAGUGUGUUGUUGUCGGUGAUGGUGCUGUUGGUAAAACAUGUCUCCUGAUAUCCUAUACAACGAACAAAUUUUCAUCAGAAUACGUACCAACUGUUUUCAACAACUAUGCAGUUACAGUUAUGAUUGGUGGAGAGCCAUAUACUUUUGGACUUUUUGAUACUGCAGGGCAAGAGGAUUAUGACAGAUUACGACCGCUGAGUUACCUACAAACAGACGUUUUUCUAGUAUGUUUUUCAGUGGUUUCUCCAUCCUCAUUUGAAAAUGUGAAAGAAAAGUGGGUGCCUGAGAUAACUCACCACUGUCCAAAGACUCCUUUCUUGCUUGUUGGGACCCAAAUUGAUCUCAGAGAUGAUCCCUCUACUAUUGAGAAACUUGCCAAGAGCAAACAGAAGCCUAUCACUCCAGAGACUGCUGUAAAGCUGGCCCGGGAUCUGAAGGCUGUCAAGUAAGUGGAAUGCUCUGCCCUCACACAGAAAGGCCUAAAGAAUGUGAAUGAUAAAGCAAUAUUGGCUGCCCUGGAGCCUCCAGAACCGAAGAAGAGCCGCAGGUGUGUGCUGCUAUGAACGCCUCUCCAGAGCCCUUUCUGCACAGCUGGUGUUGCCAUCAUACUAAAAGCAAUGUUUAAAUCAAACUA